ACCCGGAGAGUCACAUCCUCCAGAGCCACAGUCAUGGGGCUGUCGGGGUGUGCAGUACAGGACUGAUUUAUUUUUGUACAUAUCAUGCAGUGUCGGACUUCCGUCGUGUCAAAGGUCUUUUUUUUGUCACGUUGUAUUCUUGAGUGAAGCAUGUCACAGGCUGUAUGUCUCCGCUCGUUUCUUUUGGAUCUGUGUUCAUCUUUUGGAGAUUCCUCAUCAUCGCGUGUUGUGUCUUCUUUGUAUCCCUUUGGCUUUGAAUACACAGCAGAGGAGGUGAAGUGCUGAGAGAAGACCAUGGUGCUCAUCCCGUCAAUCAGCGGCCGCUGUGUGUGGCUCCGGGAGCUCGGCUGUCGGCUCUGCUGUGUCUUUACGCGCUGAGAGGAGCGGAGGAGAGCGGGGGCUUUCCGGUCAGUUGAAUCACGCUUCGCCGCUGAGACUGACUGAUUCUCGGGGAGGGAGGGGGUGCAUUUGGAUGGGAGACUACUCCAAAAACGAGCAGGGUCUAGAUCUGCUGCUUGAUUGAGCUUCAGGAAGAGAAAGUGACCAGUCCCUGGACCUUUGGACGCUUGUUGUGGAGGGGUUUUUUUUCAUUUGCUUUUUUCAUUUAUUUUUUAAACAUAUUUUUAAUUGUAUCCUUUCCUCCUUCUGACAGAGGAGGAUAAAGGGGAGAUCGAGCAAAGAGGAGACACCAGGUUGGCGCUGCUGUGCGGGGGGAGGGUUGGGGAGUGGGAGAGAAAAAUGCUGCCUUCGCAAGAAGCCUCCAAAAUCUACCAUGACAACUACAUGCGCAACUCCAGAGCCAUUGGGGUCCUGUGGGCCAUAUUCACCAUCUGCUUGGCCAUCAUCAACGUGGUGGUCUUCAACCAGCCCUACUGGAUCGGCGACAGCGUCAGCACCCCCCAAGCCGGCUACUUCGGCUUGUUCCACUACUGCGUGGGCAACGGGAACUCCGACCGGGAGCUCUUGUGCCAGGGCAGCUUCUCCGACUUCAGCUCCAUUCCGUCGGGAGCGUUUAAGGCGGCCUCCUUCUUCGUGCUGAUGUCCAUGGUGCUCACAAUCGGAUGCAUCGGCUGCUUCGCCCUCUUCUUUUUCUGCAACACCGCCACGGUGUACAAGACGUGCGCCUGGAUGCAGCUGCUAUGCGCUGUGUGUCUGGUGACUGGCUGUGUCAUCUUCCCCAAUGGUUGGGACUCAGAGGUGAUCCGGGACAUGUGCGGAGAGGACACGGGGAAGUACACCCUGGGUAACUGCUCGGUUCGCUGGGCCUACAUCCUGGCUAUCAUCGGCAUCCUGGACGCCCUCAUCCUCUCCUUCCUGGCGUUUGUGCUCGGCAACCGGCAGAGUGACUUCCUGCACGAGGAGCUGAAGCUUGACAACAAAGAUUUUGCUGUGUCAAGAAUUGAAAUCCGGGACAUCAAAGAUCCAAGAUUUGGAGUCCAGCGGUUCCAUUGAUAACCAAACCUCCUCUCCUCCUCCUGCUCCCUCCCUCCCUCCCUCCCUCCAUCAAUCGUGCUCUUGCUCCCCCUCUUCUCUCUGAAGCUCUUCAGGUUGAGCCCAGCCUCUUGAUCCAGAAUUGGAGGCCAAACUCCAGCACUCUGUGAAAUAGGACUGAAGUGAAAUCAGCUAACAAAGGCAAACUCAAUAUAUUGGAAGAGUAAUACAUCCUGAUAGGAAGUAUGACGAUCAGCUUGAUCAAACUCUGGGAUAAAAGAAUUCAUAGCAUACACUGUCUGUUAAUGUUGUUAUAAAAAAGAUUAUAAGUUAUUGCUAAUGAUAAUUAUGCUUGCAGGUGUCUUCUCUGAAAAGAUGCAUAUUUUUAUUGAGUGGAAAAAAGCUAUUUCCAGCUUCAAAAGCAACAUUAUAAAGUGCAUAUGUAAAAGCACAAAGGUGCUACCUCUGACAAAACAAGGGAAAAAACAAAGAGAAAAUGAUGAUUUUGUACAGCCCGUCAUUUUGAAGUCUUUUCCAGUCCAAUUUUCAACUGCUCUUUGUAUACGACAAAGUCUGAUCCU